AUGAACUUGGAAAAACCAGACUUCAUCAAUGUCUGCCAGUGCUUGAUAUUCUUGGAUGACCCCCAAGUUUUGAGUGAUAUUCUCGAGAAAUUGGUGAAAGAAGAUAACCUACUCAUGGCUUAUCAAAUUUGCUCUGACCUGUAUGAGAGUGCAAGCCAGCAAUUUCUGUCCUCCGUCUUACAGAACCUACGCACUGUUGGAGCUCCCAUUCCAUCCAUUCCAGGUUCUACUAACACAGGAACCGUGCCAGCAGCCUCAAAAGACAGUGAAGAGAUGGAAUCUGGGGACAAGUCUGGGAGUCCAGUAGUUAGCAAAUCUGAAGUGAACCCAGAGCCUAAAGAUCAAAUCUCCAAGAUGAUAACAAUUCUCAGUGGGGAGAUGACCAUAGAAUUGCAUUUACAGUUUUUGAUACGGAAUAAUAAUACAGACUUGAUGAUUCUAAAGAACACUAACGAUGCAGUAAGGAAUUCAGUUUGUCAUACAGCUACAGUUAUAGCAAAUUCUUUCAUGCACUGUGGCACCACAAGUGACCAGUUUCUAAGAGAUAAUUUGGAGUGGUUGGCUAGGGCCACAAACUGGGCAAAGUUCACAGCAACAGCAAGCUUAGGAGUUAUUCACAAGGGACAUGAGAAGGAGGCACUCCAGCUCAUGGCAACUUACCUUCCUAAGGACACAUCACCGGGCUCAGCAUACCAAGAAGGGGGAGGCCUCUAUGCUUUGGGGCUGAUUCAUGCUAACCAUGGUGGCGACAUCAUAGACUACUUGCUCAACCAGCUGAAAAAUGCUAUCAAUGAUAUUGUGCGUCAUGGUGGUUGCUUAGGACUUGGUUUAGCUGCCAUGGGCACCACACACCAGGAUGUUUAUGACCUUUUGAAAACAAAUCUCUAUCAGGAUGACGCAGUCACUGGUGAGGCUGCUGGUUUGGCUCUUGGCUUAGUAAUGCUUGGCUCUAAGAAUGCGCAAGCCAUUGAAGACAUGGUGGGAUUCGCUCAAGAAACACAGCAUGAAAAGAUUCUGCGAGGUUUGGCAGUGGGCAUUGCUCUGGUCAUGUAUGGUCACAUGGAAGAGGCAGAUGCGUUGAUUGAAAGUCUCUGCAGGGAUAAGGAUCCAAUCCUGUGCCGUUCUGGCAUGUACACUGUAGCGAUGGCAUAUUGUGGUUCUGGUAACAACAAGGCCAUUAGGCGCCUACUGCACGUGGCUGUUAGUGAUGUGAAUGAUGAUGUCAGAAGGGCAGCUGUGGAGUCCCUUGGCUUCAUUUUAUUCAGGACACCAGAACAAUGCCCAAGUGUUGUGUCACUGUUGUCUGAGAGCUAUAAUCCUCAUGUAUGA